AUGUAUAUUAUCAUUUUGAUAAUUCUUUCAAUCCGUUUAAUUUCAUUUUUAGGAUUGAUUUUGUUCCUCGGUCAUUUUGUUGCCUCACGACAUAUCUCAAAGCCAUGUCCCACCAAGAGUUCCAAUGUCGAUUCGACCAUCAAUGCUGCGAACAUUACAAGGGAAGAAAUUGCUCAGAAUUUGUGGAUUAGACUUAAUUUGUUUCACAACGCCACACAAAAACUGAUAGAAAAAUAUAUACCUCCUCAAGGAAGAAGAAUAACCAGUAACCGAACAAUUGAUGCUUUAAGGUCACAAAAAAUCAUGGAACUGGAUGUCACGUCUCCCUUUUCUUUGGAACCAUCAAAGUCAACAGUUGCUAGCCUUCUGGAUGUCUACAAGACUCUGACAUUAAUUUCGUCUUAUUUGGACUUGAUGAAAAAAGACGAAGACCAAUACAGCUAUGGCGAGUUAUCAAAUUUUAUACAAGAGGCCAACCAGACGUUGUACCACGCCCGCUUUGAUCUUCAUACUAUAUUGCGCGUCGAGGCAAAGUGCAUGGAAAUAAAAACCAUAAACAGAUUCCGUACAAGUAACAAUCAGUACCGAUUUUAUCAAGAUUUUGUUAUUCUCAAAGAAUCCAUUGCUUACGCCGAUCAUAUCCGAAGUCAGUUAAACGCACCCACUAUUGUCUAACGUGUCUGCUUUGCUGUUAAUUGUUAUGAACGUAAGUGGGACAGUAAAAUAGAUGUACCGCAUUGUUUCAUUUUUAGGCGUUGCCUUUAUACAAGAAAAAAUGUUAUUUAGCAAUUAUCUAUGUUAAGGAAGGGGCAUUAAAUCUAUGUGUAUUUUGCAAUAUAUUAUUUUGUACUUUAUUUAAUCGUAUUUUUAUUAACAAACUUAGAGGCAU